GGGGAGGGAGAAAAAGCUUUGUUGUGGUUUCCCUCGACCCUGAGUUGUUGUUUCCUCAUUUCGGAGCUCUGAGUCACAGCGGAGACUAAGGCUGAGAUCACGAGGGAAACUGAGUUGUUUUCCGCCUUCCUCAGAGGGGAAAAAACCAACUCUAAAAGACAAAGGCAUGGGAGGGACUGAGUCUCAGGACUGCGAACUUUAUCUGGAUAGUAGAUGAACUAUCUACUACCCAGAUAAAGAAUAGAAGAAGCCACUGGACCUAUGGAAGGGAAAGUUCAUUCUCCAGAACAUAUCUUGCUCAGUAAAAGACCCAAGACAAAAACCUUGCAGUCAGCAAGGGAAGAAAGAUACCAAGAGCAAAAGUGACGAUCUCCUCUCCUCCGCCCCCCCCCCCCCCCUUCAACGUGGCUUUCCUAUUUAAGACUGAAAGGAAUUGAAAAGAACAGUGGCUUGGGAUGACUGUUUACCGGGUGCCCGCCAGGCUUCUUCAUCAGAUUGAGCAGGAACUUGAUGCAGAAGAAAAGGAAACCAUGGUCUUCUUGUGCCAAGAUCUUGUUCCAAACCUUCCUGGGCUGGAUGUCCAGGGACUCUUGGUGGCUCUGAAUGAGAGGGAGAUGCUGACCCCUUCCUACUUGGCUGAACUGCUAUACAGAUUGAAGAGGUUUGAUUUGCUAAAGAAGAUCCUGUCAGUUGGGAGAACAACCGUGGAAGCCCAACUGGCCAGACAUCCUCUGAUGUUACCAAAGUACAGAGUGUUGAUGACAGAAAUCAAUGAAGAUCUGGGAAAAGAUGAUUUGCAGUCUCUUGGAUUUCUUCUGAUGAAUGAACUUGGUGCAUCCAAUGUGAAGAAGGCAAAAGAAAAGAGUUUCUUGACAAUUAUAAAUGACCUUGAGAAGCUAGAUCUGGUGUCGCCAAAUCAACUGGAUUUGAUAGAAAAUUGCUUCUUACACAUUCACAGGAAAGACUUGGCAAAAAAAAUCCAGAAGUUCAAACAGGAAGCUCUGGUGCAUCCUGUUGGUCAUCUGCCCAUCUGUGCAAACACCCUGCAGGCAACAUUUCCUAAGCUGUCCCUUGCUGACCCUCAAGUGAACAAAGGAAGGGCGCUCAAUGGAGCCGGUGUGGUUCAAGCUGAACCCUUUCACAUACCAAUACCAGAAACAGGAGGAUCUGCCACACAGGUGAUUAGCAAGUACAAAAUGCAGAGCCAGCCCUUAGGAGUGUGCCUGAUUAUAGAUUGUAUUGGGAAUGAUGCAGGAAUGCUUGCUGACACCUUCAGGGCACUGCGUUUUGAAGUUCGUUAUCACCCCUUCCUGAAUGUGGAUUCCAUGGUGUGUACAUUGAACGACGUGGCAAGACUCAAAGAGCACAAAGGCUAUGAUGCUUUCGUUUGUGUCUUGGUCAGCCGAGGAGACCACCAAGGCAUCUCCUGCACAGACCAUGUGGUUCCUGGGUUCUCCCUAGAGAGGGUGAAGCACUUUUUCGUUGGAGACAGGUGUCCUCACCUCUUAGGGAAGCCAAAGCUCUUUUUUGUCCAGAACUAUGUAGGGGCCAGAAGCUACCAACACAAUACCAGCCUGGUUGAGGCAGAUGGCAAUUUGUCUACUAUUCCACAAGUAGCAGACGUCCUUUGGAGCCAGAGUACACUGGAUGCAUCAGUUUUGGACAGAUCCCCAAACUCCUCUUCCUAUUACCUGACAGCUCUAGCAACCCUCUUGAGAGAUCCACACAAAAGGAACCUGCCUCUGUUGGAUAUUCUUGUGGAGCUGAACAAUAGAGUUUAUGAGAGGAACAGGACUAACCCUGCCGAGCAGUAUUCACUUGUGUUGAAACACACCCUCAGAAAGAAGCUUUUCCUUUCCAGCAGCUAAACAUGCAUACCUAACCUGUGAUGGGUGUGACCUGAAACAGCCUGUUUUGUUAAGAAACAUGUGCUUUUUAAAAGCUUUAACUCAACUCAAGUUUCAGACAGAGGCCUUAGGGACACAACUGAUUAACAUCUAGCACAUCAUCAAAUAUAUGUGUAUGUGCAUACACACCACACGCACAUCUUUCUAAGUCCUGAGAGGAUGUGAGAUCAAGUGUAGUCACACACGAGGCCCCGCACAGAUGGGUCCAGCAGACAGAAGGAGAUUUUGGCUACCAUCAGCCCCAUAUUGCUGCUUGUUUAGAUAGCAGGCGCUCUGAUAGAAAUGCCAUUAAUGAAAAGGAAUGUAGCAAAAGAGGGACAUCUUUGAGUUUUGACAACAUGAACACUCAUUUGAUUUUGAAGUCUUACUGUUCACAGGCUUUGAAGGUCGAAGUGCCAGACUUCUCCAAGCUGGUGUCUUCGGGUGCCUUGGAUUACUACAGCACCCAUAAUCCAAGUAGCCACAGGGACUGGGGUGUUGCAAUACAAUAUUUUGGAAGCGCAUUAGCUAUGGAAAAAGCUGGUUUGGAUUCUUAUACCAGUUGGGAUGGUGUGUAUACCUUGCCUAACCCAGUUGCUGAGUUUUAACAUAUUUCGUGGACUUAAUCCUGAGUUCAUUCCUCCACCACCAUUGGGACUUUUGCAAGAUUUACUGAGGGUGUUAUUGAAGAGUAAUUGUUUCAGUGGCUAGCUCCUCCUAUGUCCCUGGGUUCCAAUUGUUUUAGUGAUGAAUUCCACAGAGAGAAGAUACACUCUUUCUUAUAUCCUUUACAUUCAGCUUCCUACUAGGCACAGCAAUUGAGCCGUCACAUACAUACAGAUAGGCAUAGCACAGGCAUGGGCAAACUUUGGCCCUCCAGGUGUUUUGAACUGCAACUCCCACAAUUCCUAACAGCCUACUGGGCCGAAGUUUGCCCAUACCAUAGCAUCAAAGCACCACUAUUCUAGCAGAGUCUGUGUUGCCGUGGGUUCAUGACAGUCCAAAUAAGCUUACUUAGGAAUGCAGGCACAUGGCAAGGAAUAGGCAAUACAUUUUUGGGGAUGAAAAUAACCACCUAAUAAUAGCUUGAAAAAUAUAACAAAAUGGGAUGUUUUACUGCUGGUGAUUGCUUGUGUACUAGCAAUUAAAGAGACCUUAUGUACAGUAAUAUGUUUUAAUGCUUCUCAUUUUGCCUAAUAAAUACUAUAUAUUUUACUUAUGGGUAUAACUAAUACUUUGUGAAGCUUUUUGGUUAUUUGUAUGUACUGUUUAAUUGUUUUGCAUUUCCUUCCCGCUCUCACCUUUGGUCUAUGCUGUUGUAAUCUUAAGCAGGUAAAUGUCCAGUUAUGAGUUUUCUGUUAAGAUGCUAACCAAACCUUGUUCUUUUGCAGAUUUCUAAACUAAUUCCACUUUUAUUCAGUACUAUAUCAUCUUUGUUUUGGAAUACAAAAAUUAAAAGUAAUGCUUCUCUUUUUAAAUAAGCAUCUAUUUCAUUUUUAGAGAGAGUUAUCACAUGCUGCAGCUACAGCUCCCAGACUUACCCAAGAAUAAAACUCUGGGCACGAUGCUGGGAAUGGUAGUUCAGAAAAAUAAUUUACAAACUAACUUAACAGUAGACACUAGACAGCUAAGUGGUACAUAGGGGAAUUUGCCUUACAUUGGGCUUACAUCAUUGCUUCACUUACCCCCAUGUUUGUCCACAUUGAUGAACCUCAGAUUGUCUAGAUGGCAUGCAUCAUGUGCUCCACUGUUUUUUUUUCUUUUUUAGCUAUAGCUGUAUUCAUAAAACUUAAUAUUAAGUUCUUCAGUGUUUAUUUUUAAAAGUUUGUUCUUAAAUGGUUGGUCAUUGCCAACACAACUAAGGCCAAAUGAAGAACGGGAUAUGUCUUGCACAACUGCCUUGCUCCAUCUCCAACUUCCUUGCUGCAGUUACUAAUUGCUUAGUUUGCUUUGCUGAAGUUAGGACUUUUUGAUCAAAAGUGUAUGAAAGCAGCCCCUUAAUAUUAGUAUGGGCAGCCUUCCACAUUCACUGGAGUUAGGGACAUAGAAACCCCAUGAAAGUGGGAAACUUGAACAGAGUUUUCCAAGCAUCUCAUGUUUGUGACACACUUUUUCUACAUUUUGUGACAUGUUAAUUCAGUUUUCUUAGCAAAACGGAAGUUAACCAACCCUUUAUAAGAGAUAUGGACAUUGUAAUAACUAAAUUAUUAGGGAUGCAACAUACUUCGUGAAAAUAUUUUUAAUUUGUUUUUAAUGUCAUUUAUUGUUACUCCACAAACUCAAGACGUUUCACAUUAUGUUCAUGUGACACACCAACAAGCUGACACACAGUUUGGAAAGCUCUAACCUAGAGAUUCACAGAGAGAGCAUUUUAAUCAAAUCCACAAAUGAUCAAAACUGCUGAAGUUAUAUCUACAAAUGUAGAGGGCCAGCAGUACAGUGUUUUAACAAUAACUACACUGCUUUAAUAAUAUAAUUAUGAAGUCUGGGAAUAUAUAUAUAUAGCUAUGGAGUCUGUUGCCCUAUAUACGCACACCUGUAAAAAGGCGUUUAUUUUGUUUAUAAUGUUCUUUGAUUUUGUGAAGACUUUGAAAUACAGAUUGUUAAAACCUUUGGUAUCUUCCAGAUUUUCUUAAUCUUUUUUGUUUGUUUAACAGACAAUCAUGUACAUAAUUAAGAACUGUAAACAUAGCAAACAUAGGAUCAGAUUGUAAGGCAACAGUCUUACACAUAAAAGAAAUGGGAUUUGCAAAUAAAAUAACAUAUUAAAAGCCUGUGUUGCAAUAUUUCUAGUGGUUAUCACCAGAUCCUACUGUUAUUACUUGUAUGUUUAAUGACACAUAUAAAUCAGGGUGGUGAACCUUUGACCCUAUCUCAGUCAUGAGUAAACUUCGGCCCUCCUAGUGUUUUGGACUUCAACUCCCAGAAAUCCGAGCCAGCUAACUAGCUGUUAGGAAUUGUGGGAGUUGGAAGUCCAAAAUAUCUGAAGGGCCAAAAUUUGCCCAUGCCUGCCAUAGCUCUACCUUACGUAGCAUGCUCCAAGGAUAUGGAGGGUCCAAGAUUCUUCAACCUGGAUUUACAGAGAAAUGUGGCCAUCUACAUGUACAUAAUAUACUACCGUGUUUCCCCGAAAAUAAGACAGUGUCUUAUAUUAAUUUUUGCCCCCAAAGAUGCGCUAGGUCUUAUUUUCAGGGGAUGUCUUAUUUUUCCAUGAAGAAUUCACAUUUAUUGUUGAACAAAAAAUGAACAUUUAUUAUAUACUGUACAGUAGUUGUCACAAAGCAGCAUAACUAGACAAACUGAAUCCUAUCAAGAAUUUCUUGUUACUACCAAUAUUUCCAUGUACAACACUCUAUGGUACGUACAUUUAUCGAUCCUGCAUGCUCUGGUAUUCUUUUCGGUGGGCAUGCUUCCAAACAAAAACUUUGCUAGGUCUUACUUUCGGGGGAGGCCUUAUAUUUAGCAAUUCAGAAAACCUUGACUAGGUCUUAUUUUCUGGGGAUGUCUUAUUUUAGGGGAAACAGGGUAUUUAUCUUUGCUCUGUAAACUAAUAUUUUCCCCAAGUACCAGAAGUCCCCCAACUUACUUGUACAGAAGCAAGUGGAAGAGGGAGAUGAAGCAAAAAAGUACAAACCCUCAUAACUAUGACUAUCCACAUCUCAAAUUACAGUAGAGUCUCACUUAUCCAAGCCAUUUUUGUAGUCAAUGUUUUCAAUAUAUCGUGAUAUUUUGGUGCUAAAUUCAUAAAUACAGUAAUUACAACAUAACAUUACUGCGUAUUGAACUACUUUUUCUGUCAGAUAUGUUGUAUAACAUGUUUUGGUGCUUAAUUUGUAAAAUCAUAACCUAAUUUGAUGUUUAAUAGGCUUUUCCUUAAUCUCUCCUUAUUAUCCAACAUAUUCGCUUAUCCAAGCUUCUGCCGGCCCGUUUAGCUUGGAUAAGUGAGACUCUACUGUAAUCAAUUUUCUUGCUAUCACAAGCUUGUUGUAUAGUAACGAAGAAUAUUAUCAUGUGAACCAUCAUGACAUUAGUAUUCUCAUUGAUGAUGCGUGUUUAUGUAUUUUAUAUUGUUUUAUUGUGAUUAUUUGGGCUUGGUCCCAUGUUAGCUGCCCAAGUCCCUGAGGGGAGAUGGAGGCUGGGUAUAAAAAUAAAAUUAUCAUUAUUAUAAUUCAGUGGUACAGUACAGUAUUUUAAUCUUGUCUAGUUCCGUCACUGUAUAUUUUCCUGAUCUGUACUGUUUGCUUUCUUUUUAUUAAAAAAAAAUCUUUCCAGAA